AUGACGAAAUGCCCGUCUGAGAACACCGCUAUAAUUGACCAGUCUUCGUUUUGGUCACCUCAUGGAGUCCACUGGGACGCGCAUAGGAUCGGUUGGUUAGUGUCCGGCGUCUUCACCAUUGUGACAAUACUUAUAUCGAUAAUCUCGAUUGGGCUUCAUUGUAGGAAUUAUACGAAUCGAAGACAUCAACGACAAAUAUUACGCAUCCUCUAUAUGCCGCCAGUCUACUCAAUAAUAUCUUUUUUCUCAUAUCGAUACUUCCGGUCUUACACGUACUAUUCAUUCAUACAAGUUGGUGAUUUACGAGGCCAUUACUCUCAGUGCUUUCCUGUAAGACCCUUGCAUCCCUGUGGUUCCGGAUUUCCCUUGACGAUGAGCUUGCAUCCCAGUUUGCUCCUCAUCGAGUUUGUUGCGGAUGUCAAGCAAGGUGACCAUGAACAUAUUAUGGCUAACAAGGAGAAGAGGCGGCUCGUCAUACCACCUUAUUUCAUGUAUGCUGUCAAGUGGUCUGUCCUUCAAUACGUGGUAGUUCGACCAGCGGUCUCCCUUAUUGGUAUCAUCUGUGAAGCUUUCGGCGUUCUUUGCGAAACUCAGGGCUUCAACGUACAUUACGCGAACGCUUACCUGGAGUCCAUUGACUUCGUCAGCAUCAGCAUUGCCUUGUAUGGGUUAAUUCUAUUCUAUGAGCUGACAAAAGAAGAAUUGAAAGGACGUCGACCGCUCGCCAAGUUCUUGGCUAUCAAGCUCAUUGUCAUGUUUACGUUUUAUCAAGGCUUUAUCUUUACCGCGAUGGAAGGUCGAGUGAUUCAUGCGACCGAAUUUUGGACUGAAACGAAUAUUGCGAACGGUUUGGACGCCCUUACGAUUUGCAUCGAAAUGAUGUUUUUUGCUAUUUUCAUGUGGUGGGCCUAUCCUUCAAAAGAGUAUAGAAGAUCGCCCGGCACUCCGGCCACGAGCGUGUGGCGAGCACUGUUGGAUAGCAUCAAUCUCUCCGAUUUUGUCUUCGAAACGAUUCAAUCUUCCAGAUAUCUUUUCCAAUCACAGAAGCGAAGCGCAAGGGUUCCUGCUCCACGCACAUAUCGCCGAGAAUCUAUCGAAAAAAUCGACUUUGGCACCCCUGUUGGCGAUCCCAGCGACCAAGCUGUGCACCUUGCGCCUCUUCGAAAGGUCGCACAUGGGUACAAGGAAGACAUCCCUCUUUCGAUCUACAAAAGCAAUGAUACUGUUCACAGUGAUUCCAGUCUUUUUGGUACCAACUACUACGCCAAACCCGACGGCAGCUCGUAG